AUAACUUAAUUUUAAAAAAAUAUUUUUGUGGAACUCGAAAUUACAUGAAUAUAAUCAUCCACCAUUUUUCAUUCUGAAUAAAUUAUAAUUUUAUUUUUCAUUUUUUUCAUUUUAGUGAUUUAUUGGAUAGUUUAAUUGAUAACAUAAUGGUAAACAAAUGUGUGGGAGUUGAGAAAGGAGAUAAACAUGGAAUAACUAUAAAAAAAUUAAAAAUAAAAGAUUGUAAAAGAAAAUAAUGAAUAAAAGAACUUACGUUGGUCUCAAUUCAAAAAAACAUAGCGCUUUGGCUUUUGUGUAUAGGUGGUUAUUUGAAAAACUAGUUUCAUUUUAGGGAAUCAUUUUUUCCAAAAUCUUGAUCAGCAAAAAAAAUAGUUUUUCAAAAACAAAAGUCAUAAAGCAUUUCAAAAACUAAAAACAAUCAAGCUCCAAACGUAGAUUUCCAUUUUUUAAGGAAUGACUAGCUUUAGUUGACAAAAAAAAGGAAUGACUAGUUUCAUUUUAUCGAUGACGGUGAAUUACAAGAAUACCACUUUCACUAGCUUGCAGACCAAGUCAUUUUCUUUAACUAAUAAUAUUUUUACACACCCGACCUUGUUCCCCUAUAAAUACCAAACCACCACAAGUGAAACAACACAAACUACAAAGAGAAACACACAAAAGUGAAGUCAGUCAAAUCCAAUUCAAAACAAUCAACCAUGGUUGCAAGAAGUGAGAAUCUUGAUCGGACGGUGGAAAAUAGAGCGCAGGAUAGCAAGAAACUUGAUCGGACUGUGGAAGGUACGGCGGGGAAUAACGAGAAACUUGAUCGGACGGUGGAAGGUAAGGCGGCGAACUGUCUGAUGCUGUUAUCAAGAAUUGGGGAAAACGGCGGAGGAGGCCGAGAGAGUCGUGUUUACAGAUGCAAAACGUGUAUGAAAGAGUUCUCAUCGUUCCAAUCUUUAGGAGGCCAUCGCGCAAGCCACAAUAAACACGUUGACAACAGCAGCAGCGACGAACAGUCGUCACUUUUUUCGGGAUCCAUCGCUAAGACCAAGAGGAAGACCACGAACACAACAAGGUCGCAUCGUUGUCCGAUAUGUGGCGUGGAGUUUCCGAUAGGACAGGCUCUUGGUGGUCACAUGAGGAAGCAUAGGAACGAGGAAGAGGCUAGCGGCGCGUUGGUUACACGCUCUUUUUUCCCUGAGGCGGCGACUUCGAUGAUUACGACAUUCAAGAAAUCGAGUAGUGGGAAAAGAGUUGCGUGUUUUGACUUGGGGCCAGAUUCUGUGGAGAGUAGCAUCAAUUUGAACUUGGAGUUAGGAAGUAGCAUGUACUGAUUUUCCAUAUUCAUCUACUGUAGUUGCUAUUCCUUAGUUUUAUAGAGUAAGCUAGCAUCUUGAUUUUGCAUAGAGUCGUUGUAUAUGGGAUAUGAUUUUACAUGAAAGCUCGCAGGGUUGAGAUAUGAAUGUUGCAGUAGUUUUGAAACUAGAAUAUAACUAUUGUGACAGGUCUAGUUGUUAUGGUUAACCACAACCGAAUUUGAAAAGUUUCAUGAUCACUGACAAUUCAGAACAGAUGUUUGUAUUUGGGAAAAGC